AUGUCGAUGCCAUGGCAGGUAUUGGGAGGACGUGUUGUGGCUAGGAAACUGUUUGUGAGGUUUAAUUCGGGCUCAAGAAGUAGAUGGUUGAGCAGACAGCAGAAUGAUUACUAUACUAGAGAGGCAAAGGUACAAAAUCUGCGAUCGAGAGCUGCAUUUAAGCUCAUGGAGAUUGACGACAAGUUCAAGAUAUUUUGUCGAAACACACCGCAGCGGGUUCUGGAUCUGGGGUUUGCACCGGGUGCCUGGUCCCAGGUGGCUUCAAGACGAAUUGGUGACGGCGGGAUGGUCCUUGGAGUGGACAUACUGCCGUGCAAUCCGCCCCCAGGGGUGAGUUCCAUACAGGCCAAUAUACUUUCCAGGAAAACCCAGGAACUGAUACGUCUUUACCUCUCCAAGCAUUUCAGGCUGAAUAAACACGAUGAUAUACACGAGGACCAUGGCUAUCUGCAACACAUGACGGAGGAACUGAGCCGCGAAAGCGAUUGUGAGACAUACCGCGAGGUAUUCUCACCAGACGUCGUGCCUGACAAGGUUGGCAAAUAUCCCAUUGACGUAAUUAUAAGUGAUAUGUAUGAACCGUGGCCCCAGGACUCUGGAUUUUGGACAAAUAUUACUAAUGCAGCAUACUACAGGAUGGCUAACACUUCUGGUUUGGCGAUACGAGAUCAUUAUCAAUCCAUAGAUCUGUGUGACGCGGCUUUGGUCACAGCAAUCGAUCUCUUGAGGCCACGAGGGCACUUUGUGUGUAAAUUAUACACUGGGAAAGAGGAUAAGCUGUUCGAGAAAAGAUUGAAAAAGGUGUUCAGACGUGUGAAUCGGUUCAAACCGGUCGCUUGCAGAGAUGAAUCCAAAGAGGUCUACUUUGUCGCCCGAGAAAAGAGAGACGGUGUCGACAAACUGCUGGUAUUUACUGAUUAA